AUGGGAAAAACAAGAAGAAAAAAGAGAAGAACUCAUAUUCCAGCAGAAGAAAGUGUAGAUCCAAAUGCACCUCCGGCACCAAAAAGUUUUGUUUUUAAGUCGGGAAAGGUUGGUAAAUCUGUUUCCCGUCUUGUAAAAGAUAUGCGUAAAGUGAUGGAACCACAAACUGCUAUAAAAUUAAAACGUAAACAUAAUAAAGUAAAAGAUUUUUUAUCGGUGGCUGGUCAAAUAGGCGUAACCCAGUUUUUAAUAUUUACACAAACAGAUAAUGGAACUAAUUUGAGGUUGGCACGAACACCUCGAGGACCUACUUUAUGCUUUAGAGUAUUAAAGUAUUCAUUAAUUGGUGAUGUGUUGUCAACACAAAUUAAUCCUAAAAGUCCAAAAUCCGAAUUUAAAACUUCACCAUUGGUUGUAUUAAACAAUUUUGGUGGAGAAGAAAAUCAUAUGAAGUUAAUGACAAGCAUGCUUCAAAAUAUGUUUCCUUCUAUAAAUAUAAACAAAAUGCAAUUAGCAGAAGCCAGAAGAGUUGUUAUGUUUAAUUAUGAUCCGGAAACAAAGAAUAUUGAUUUUAGACAUUAUUGUAUAGGUGUAAAACCUGUUGGUAUUAGUAAAAGUGUUAGACGAAUAGUUACAAAUAAUAUACCAGAUUUAAGUAAUUAUCAAGAUAUUAGUCAUGUAUCAGAAAGUGAGGCAGAAAGUGGAAUAGAGACCACUGUAACAUUAGCACAAGAUUUUAUUGGUAAAAUAAAUAAAAAAUCAGAUCAACGUGCUAUAAAAUUGACAGAAAUAGGUCCACGGAUGGAAUUGAAAUUAGUAAAAAUUCAAGCUGAAUUAUGUGCUGGAGAAGUAUUAUUUCAUGAAUUUAAAGAAAUUAAAAAGAUGAAUCAAGAACGUGAACAACGUCGAAAACUAAAACAAAUGAGACGUAAAGAACAAGAAAGAAAUGUGGAACGUAAAAAAUUAGAGAAAGAAGCCCAUCGAUUGGUAACUAGUGAUAGUUGUGAAAGUAUUAAUGAUAACGAUGAAGAUGACAUAUAUAAAAAUAGAAUUAAUGAUGAAUAUAUAAUGGAAGGUGAUGAUGAGCUUUUUAAAGAAGAUUUAAAUGAUUAUAAUGAUUUCGAAGAAGAAGAAGGGGAUGAAAAUGAAAGUAGUUCAGAAGAAAAUGAAACAAAAUUACAACUAUCAUCUAAAUCUAAUUGGAAGAAUUCUCAUCAACAAAGAAAAAAUAAUUUUAUGAAAGGAAAACCAAAGAUGAGUAUAAAAGUUGGUGUAAAAAAGCGUAAGAGAAAAUGA